CUACUAUCCCAGGAGCGGAGGAAGCUCAGUCGUCCGAGUUCAGCUGACAACGGUGCGUGCACUGCGCCGACACAAUCAUUCGCGCGCAAAUAAACAGUGUUAAUACGACGUACCAUUAUAAUACUUAACAAAAUAUUAACAAUGAAUUUAACAAUGGCGGCGGAUAAUUAUGAAGAUUCACUAAUAGCGAAAGUAAUAACUAUGGUUUGCUUAUUCGGCGUAUCAAUGAUAAUCGGCUGUUUGCCCCUGCUCAUAUCCUUCAAGUUCGACUGGUUCACGAAGGCCAAUGAUCCAAAUCUUAGGGCAUCUAAUUCGUUAGUGAUGGGAUUGUUAGCUUUUGGUGGAGGAGUGCUUUUCUCUACUACAUUUAUGCAUUUGUUGCCGGAAGUGGAUGAAAAUAUCGAGUUGCUGCAAGAGGAAGGACAAAUUCCUGAUAUGCCGAUAUAUCUGGCCGGCCUUAUAAUGUGUGCUGGCUUCUUCAUGAUGUACUUAAUAGAAGAAUUGGUACAUUUGUACAUUCAAAGUAGGCAAAAGAAAGUUAUAAACAGUGAUGUGUCACGGACUUUUGCUCUGAGAAAGGAUUUCGAAGAUACUACUUCUGAGGAACCAGCUAAAGAAUUAGAGGCGAAGGGCCAGAAUGGACACGGUCAUAGUCACAUUAUGGAUUCAUCAGAAGACUCCGUCACGGCUGCAUUGAGAGGUCUUCUAAUAGUUUUAGCACUAUCCAUCCACGAGUUGUUUGAGGGCCUUGCUGUGGGAUUAGAAGCUUCAGUUGUUAAUGUGUGGUACAUGUUCGGAGCCGUGUCGGCUCAUAAGUACAUUAUAGCGUUCUGCAUUGGAGUCGAACUCUUGGCUGCUGGGCAGAAAAAGUGGUUGCAACUAGUGUAUAUCUUCACAUUUUCCUUUAUGUCGGCACUGGGUAUUGGAAUUGGAAUUCUGAUGGUUGGCGGCGCUGGUGCUGCUGAUGCUGGACUGUACUCCGUGGUAUUACAAGGCAUAGCCUGCGGGACACUAGUGUAUGUGGUCUUCUUCGAGGUAUGGCGGCGUAACAACACCAAUCUUUCGCAGUUUGCCUGCUCACUUCUCGGCUUUUCGGUUAUGGUUAUAUUGGGACUCGUUGUGGAACUCAGUGUUUAAUUAAUUAGAUAAUUAUUUUUAUAUUUAUUUUAUAUUGUAAGAAAUGCAAUUCGAUUGCAAUAUCGAUGACGACUUGGGGUUCUAGUACAAAAUGGUAAAUGUGACAAAAAUGAGGGGCAACAAAAUUGAGACUGAGAGCAAUUGGCGGCUUAAAAACGUCAGCAUUCCGCCUAUCACCUGCAUUCUUGCGUCAUAGUUUGAGCUUGUGAGGUAGUAAGUUUUUAGUCGUCAAAAGUGUCGUAGUAAAAGGCGGUACAUUGUUUGCCCAUAGUGGAGAAAUAACAGAAUCAGGUUCUGUCCUUAAAUUUAGUUGGUAAAGACAUUCCAUAGAAUUAUAUAUAAUAUAGAGCAGGAGUGGCAGACUUGAUUAGACCCAAGAUCUACUGUUUACUAACGAAACUCAGUGCGAUCUACCGAUUACAUAUUUUUUGAAAUUUCAAAUGAAACAACAUAGUUCAGUAUAUAAUUAUGUAAUAUUGUAGUAUUUAUUAUUUCAUUAAGAGGGAAAACAUAAAGCUAAAAAUUAAUCUUAGUAACUACUUAUUUAUAUUAGUGCGAGCAUUGCGUCUGAGCAUCUUCCGUUAGAUUAGUAAAAUAUUGUAUUUUUUGCCUUGCCACGAUCGACUGGACUAAUAGUCGCGAUCGACCGCCGCCCCUAACAUAGAGGUUUUAUGUCUUUCUAUAACUGUAAUGAAAAGUUCGAUCGAGUACUUAUUGUUUGGAUCCGAACAUUUGAAUUUUUAAUUUCUGAGUAGACCCUGAGCAGAUAAAAGACUUUUUAUCUUUGUGUUAUCGUAGGUUGAUUUGGAGUUUCUACAUAAAAUUGAUGACAAAAAAAUUUUUGAGAAAUAUUGACAAAACAGGACUAUAGAUGGUAUAAUUGGAAGGGUUUAGUGUGUAACUUUAAGGAUAAUAGUUUAGUACUGAUACGCUGUUUUUGAGGCAAAUAGUACAGAAUAAAAAGUAAAUAAAAUAAUAAAACUAUUCAGUAAUAACCAUUAUGAUUAAGGACAAAGCGAAGGCUAACCACCAAUAUCUCCUAAAACGGAUAAAAAUUUACAGGAGUUACAGAAAACAUCGUAAUUUUGAAUUUAAUCUAAAUAUGAUGAAAUCAAAUAGUAAAAUAGUUAAUUUUAAAAUAAAUUUUUAAUAAAUAUAAAAGGAGACAUUGUAUUACGAUUUUUACAUCUAAUUUAUGUAAAUCUAAUAUAUAAAAUUCUCGUGUCGCGGUGUUUGUUACCAAACUCCGAAACGGCUUUACCGAUAUUUAUGAAAUUUUGUGUGCAUAUUGGGUAGGUCUGAGAAUUGGCCAACAUCUAUUUUUCAUACCCCUCAAUGAUAGGGGUGACCCACUCCAAAAUUUUUUUUUUAUUUUUUUUGACAAUUUUUUUAAUUUUUAUUUUAUUAUGAUUUAGCAUUGAAAAAUACAUACAAAUUAUUUCUUUCUUUCUUUCAUUUCUUUCUAUAGUUCUAGAAAUAAUGUAUAUGGUAAAACAACGUUUACCGAGUCAGCUAGUAUUUAUAUAAAUGUUAGCUAGGUGGUAUUGGUGGUUUAAAGAAAAUUUUGUUUUUAAAGAAUGCAAUUUGGGAACAAAUUUAAUAAACAGUUUUUUUUUUUUUAAUAUAGACAAUCAUAAUUAUUUUAAGCCACAGUAUUACUGUAUGACUGAAUAUUAUUAUCAUAAAUUUUGUUAUCUUUCUAGCGAUAUUAAUAAAUUGGUAAUAUAAUUACAAUUGUUAUAUAGUUAUGAUAGACAGUGAUAUUUAAAGAUUUUAAUGUGUAUGGAUUUUGUAUGGUAAAAAAUUAAAUAUUAAUAAAGAUUUAUAAAAGAUUCA